UCAUACUCUCUCUAAAUCAAACAACUGCCAAAGGUGGAAAAAGAUAAAGGGGAGAGGAAGAAGAAAAAGGAUUACUUCUUCCUAAAAGACAAACCAAACCAACUUUCACAAAUCAACUGCUAUACUUGCAAGGCUUUUCCAACAUAAAGUCUGGAUAUAAACCAACUUGAGGAGAGAAAAUUAAUAUCCAAAGGGAGAAAAAAAGAAACCCUCCCACUGAUGAAGAUGGGUUUUAGGAGCUACCAUGUAGAGGACAAAAACUUGUGCUCUCAAGCUCCUACUUUCAUUGAAUGGCUUAAGCCAUCUUCAUCACUAUCAUCAUCCUCAUCCUCUUCUUCUUCUUCUUCUUCUUCUUCUUCGUCUUCGUCUUCCUCUUCUUCUUCUUCUUCUGUCACUCAAGAAGUUCAGUUUAUGAACCCCAUGACUAUCAUGAAACUGCCGGUGGUCUCAUUUCAACAGCAGCAGCAACAAGAUUUUCAUCAGCUGGGGCAGGAAACUAUUCAAUGUCUACCUCUUUUGAGCAGGCUCAAUGAGAACAAACCAUUGAAAGAGGAAGGUGCUAGAAUAAUGCAAAAGGAAAUGGGUAUUGGGAAUGUUAAAGAAGAAAAGAUAGAGAAAGUUACAGUUUCCUUGCACAUUGGGUUACCUAACAGUACAACCAGAGAUAAUCCUGUUGUUGAAAAUAAGAUUUUUAAGGAAGAAGAACCCAUCAAGAAAACCAUCCAUGGAUGUUCUUUCAACACAGAGAGUAGGUUUUGGAUCCCAACUCCAGCACAGAUCCUUGUCGGGCCGAUGCAGUUUGCUUGCUCUAUAUGCAGCAAGACAUUCAAUAGGUACAAUAACAUGCAGAUGCAUAUGUGGGGGCAUGGAUCUGAAUAUAGGAAAGGGCCAGAUUCACUUAAAGGAACACAACCAGCAGCAAUGCUGAGGCUGCCCUGCUAUUGCUGUGCUCAAGGCUGCAAAAACAACAUCAACCAUCCGCGAGCAAAGCCAUUGAAAGACUUUCGAACACUUCAAACUCACUACAAAAGGAAACAUGGUGCAAAGCCCUUCAUGUGUAGGAAAUAUUGUGGCAAAACAUUUGCUGUCAAGGGGGAUUGGAGAACACACGAAAAAAAUUGUGGCAAGUUGUGGUAUUGCACUUGUGGCUCUGAUUUUAAGCACAAAAGAUCCCUAAAAGAUCACAUUAGGUCAUUUGGCAAAGGCCAUUCUCCUUAUCCUUCUCUUGAAGGAUUUGAAGAUGACAAGGAAUGCAUCACUGGCUCUGAAGACGAAUUUGCUCACUAGAUCACGUACUCAUCAGAUCGAUCCAAGUAUCCAUUUCUCGAAAGCUUUGAUUUUUAGCCUGUAUGGAGAUUUAGAAGAGUAGCUUUAAAAGUUUCUUAGGCUUAUCCUAUUAAGCUUGUGCUCGGUAACAAAAAAUUCUCAAACAAAACAUUGCAUUGAAGGCAAAAAGAGGGAGCGGUUUGCUAUGGAGCACUUGCUGAUCAGGACUGAACCUCAGUAACUUUUUUAGAAACUUUGUGGUAGCUUCGUAUAUUGGGAAUAAAAUAAAAAGGGUUACCUCUAAUGGUGAAGUAGAUGAAUUUUCUUCCCUUCAAUGAUGAAGAUUUCAUAAAAAUUGGGUUCCUUUUUCCAAGGGAGAAAAUUUAUCCGCUUCAUUGCUAACUGGUAAUCUUUAAUAGGAUCGGAUUGUAUUGUUUUCUCUAGACAAUUAAUUAUCUUUUCUGUUUCGUCUCUCUUGUCUAUGAGUAUAUUGAUCAUUUUCAAAUCUUUGUUCAUUCAAUCAUGUUUUUAUGUUCAAUUUUAAUUCUAAAGUUCAAGUAAUUAUAUUGUUUACAUGCAUAAGAAAAGUUAUUCAUGAAACUUACCAUAUGAGCUUCACAUAUGACUAUUAAAUUGCCAAAU